GGCAGCUGCACCCAGGGCUUCCCUCCUUCAGAGUUCUCUUGCACUGUGCCUGCCUGCUGCCUGCUGCCGCCACCAUGACCACCACCAUCCGCCAGUUCAGUUCCUCCAGCUCCAUCAGGGGCUCUGGCCUGGGGGGCGGCUCAUCCCGCACCUCCUGCCGGCUCUCCGGCAGCCUGGGACCCGGCUCCUGCAGGCUGGGGGCUGCCAGCGGCCUGGGCGGCGUCCUCGGGGGCAGCAGCUACUCCAGCUGCUACAGCUUAGGCUCUGGCGGGGCCUUCGGUGGCAGCUUUGGGGCUGUUGAUGGGUUGCUGGCAGGAGACGAGAAGGCUACCAUGCAGAACCUCAAUGACCGCCUGGCCUCCUACCUGGACAAGGUCCGUGCCCUGGAGGAGGCCAACACUGAGCUGGAAGUGAAGAUCCGUGACUGGUACCAGAGGCAGGCCCCGGGGCCUGUCCGCGACUACAGGCCCUACUACCAGACCAUCGAGGACCUGAGGAACAAGAUCCUCACAGCUACCGUGGACAAUGCUAACAUCCUGCUGCAGAUCGACAAUGCCCGCCUGGCGGCUGAUGACUUCCGGACCAAGUUCGAGACAGAGCAGGCCCUGCGCAUGAGCGUGGAAGCCGACAUCAAUGGCCUGCGCAGGGUGCUGGACGAGCUGACCCUGGCCAGAGCCGACCUGGAGAUGCAGAUUGAGAGCCUCAAGGAGGAGCUGGCCUAUCUGAGGAAGAACCACGAGGAGGAGAUGAACGCCCUGCGAGGCCAGGUGGGUGGUGAGAUCAGUGUGGAGAUGGAUGCUGCCCCUGGCGUGGACCUGAGCCGCAUCCUGAACGAGAUGCGCGACCAGUAUGAGAAGAUGGCAGAGAAGAACCGCAAGGAUGCGGAGGACUGGUUCUUCAGCAAGACAGCGGAGCUGAACCGUGAGGUGGCCACCAACAGCGAGCUGGUGCAGAGCAGCAGGAGUGAGAUCUCCGAGCUCCAGCGCACCAUGCAGGCCUUGGAGAUCGAGUUGCAGUCCCAGCUCAGCAUGAAAGCAUCCCUGGAGAACAGCCUGGAGGAGACCAAAGGCCGCUACUGCCUGCAGCUGUCCCAGAUCCAGGGGCUGAUAGGCAGUGUGGAGGAGCAGCUGGCGCAGCUGCGCUGCGAGAUGGAGCAGCAGAACCAGGAAUACAGGAUUCUGCUGGACGUGAAGACGCGGCUGGAGCAGGAGAUCGCCACCUACCGCCGCCUGCUGGAGGGGGAGGACGCCCACCUGACUCAGUACAAGCCCAGAGAACCCGUGACCACCCGCCAGGUGCGCACCAUUGUGGAAGAGGUCCAGGACGGCAGGGUCAUCUCCUCCCGUGAGCAGGUCCACCAGACCACCUGCUGAGGACUCCGCUCCCCAAGCCAGCCUCCCAGGGCCCCUCAUUGGCCCUGCAGCCUCAGGCCUCCCCGGCCUCAGUCCCCGGCUUCAGUCCCUUUCCCAUACCCGCUGCCUGACCAAUAAAGCUCAUUGACUCACA